UCUUUUAUAUAAAAAAACAUCCCUUGUAAUAUAUAGAAAACUACUUGAUGCUGAUAAUAUUGCGUCAAUGUUUUUUGAUUCUUAUAUAAGGGAUAAACGAAAAAUAUUAACAAUGCUAUAUUUAUUAUUUGUAUUUUAAUGAUGUAAAAUUUAAUUCUUAAUUUUUAAACCUUAGGAAAAUGUUGGGUCGUAAGCAAAGUAUUCGAGUUGAUAUGAUUGCCUCUGAUUACGUCCAGGAGGAAUCUCUGAAUGAAAGUGCAGAGAUUGAAUGGGUGAACAAGCUAUGGGUUCGAAGACUGAUGCGUUUUUGUGCUCUUCUAAGUUUACUUUGUGUAAGCCUCAAUACUCCAAAAACGUUUGAAACGUUUCCAUUUCUUAAGUUUGCUACAUUUGUAUGUGAUUCUGCAGUUACUGGAUUAUAUACAGCUGAAAUGAUUGCUAAGAUGCGAAUACGAGGAAUUUUUAAAGGAGAUUCUCCAUACUUAAAAGAUCAUUGGUGUCAAUUUGAUGCUACUAUGUUAUUCUUCUUGUGGGUAUCAGUCAUUUUACAAGUGUUUGAAAUAAUAGUGAACUCAGUAGAUUAUAAUUAUUUAUCUAUAUUACGUGCACCUAGACCUUUCAUCAUGAUCAGAUUUAUACGUGUCUUCCUGAAAUUUUCAAUGCCAAAAUCUAGAAUAAAUCAAAUUUUCAAACGAUCAAGUCAACAGAUUUACAAUGUAACAUUGUUCUUUCUAUUUUUUAUGUCGUUGUAUGGAGUGCUUGGUGUUCAACUUUUUGGUGAAAUGAAACAUCAUUGUGUUUUAAAUACAACUGAUCCCAAGCAUGUCACUUUAAAUAAUUUAGCGAUACCAGAUACAUUUUGUUCUACAGAACCUGGUGCAGGAUAUCAAUGCCCGAUAGGUAUGAAAUGUAUGAAGUUAGAACUUUCAAGAUAUAUUACAGGCUUUAGUGGUUUUGAUGAAUUUGCUACAAGUAUUUUCACUGUGUAUCAAGCAGCAUCACAAGAAGGUUGGGUAUAUAUUAUGUUUCGAACAUUUGAUAGUCUUCCUGCUUGGAGAGCCAUUUUUUAUUUUUCUACAUUAAUAUUUUUCCUUGCAUGGUUGGUAAAAAAUGUUUUUAUUGCUGUAAUAACUGAGACAUUUAAUGAAAUGAGAGUACAAUUUCAACAACUAUGGGGUAGUAGAAGACAUGUUGGGAGUAAAACAUCCACUGAGAUUUUUAUCAGCGAUGAAAAUGGUUGGCGAUUGGUAACUCCUGAACAAAAUAAACAUAGAAAAUUAGCAUCUCCAUUAGGACAUAAAAUUUUGAAUUCUGCUUGGUUUCGGCUUCUAGUCAUGUGUAUUAUACUUAGUAAUGGUGUAGUUAUGGCUACCAUGAACUUUAAACAUGAUGGUCGACCACGUCAUGCUUUUUAUGAAAAAUACUAUUAUAUUGAAGUUGUCUAUACAUUGGUAUUUAACUUAGAAACACUUUUUAAAAUGGUAUUGCUUGGUUUUAAUGAAUAUUUUAAGCAUUCUUAUCAUAAAUUUGAAUUGAUGUUAGCUGUUGGUACUACUCUUCACAUAGUGCCUCAAUUUUAUUUAUCUGGGUUAACUUAUUUUCAGGUUUUGAGAAUUGUAAGACUUAUAAAAGCUUCACCAAUGCUUGAAGAUUUUGUUUAUAAAAUAUUUGGGCCUGGUAAAAAAUUGGGGAGUCUUAUUAUUUUCACUAUGUGCUUGUUAAUUAUUUCAUCUAGUAUUUCUAUGCAACUAUUUUGUUUUUUAUGUGACUUUUCAAAAUUUGAAACUUUUCCUGAAGCAUUCAUGUCUAUGUUUCAAAUUCUCACUCAAGAAGCAUGGGUUGAUGUUAUGGAUGAAACCAUGUUACGUACUCGUAAAGCCUUAGUUCCGUUAGUUGCGGUGUAUUUCAUACUUUACCAUUUAUUUGUAACCCUGAUUGUUUUAAGUCUUUUUGUUGCUGUUAUUUUGGAUAAUCUAGAGCUUGAUGAAGAAUUAAAGAAAUUGAAACAACUACGUUUUCGUGAACAAAGUGCUGAGAUUAAAGAAACACUGCCUUUUCGUUUGAGAAUUUUUGAAAAAUUUCCAGAUCGUCCUAAAAUGACAACAAUUCAUAAACAACCAUCAGAAUUUAAUUUACCUAAAGUCCGAGAAAGUUUUAUGAGACAAUUUGUUUUUGACAAAAGUGAUGAAGAAGUUGCUCUUGAAAAUAUGAAUUGUACAAAUGAUACUUUAAAUACUUUUCCUAUGGCUCGAAAACAUCAUCCUGUAAGACUUUUAACUAACACACCCAAAGUCCGUACUGUUACACCAGAUUAUCGUAAGGCUAUUAUUGCAAAUAUUAUUAAUGAUUCUAAUAAUCAACGGUUACUUCUGGGAGAUUCAACGUAUUUACCUACCAAUUCUACUGUUAAAGGUGCAGGUUUACAUGCUCAAGGUACUAUGAAUAAUAUGCCAAACAACCGGUUAGAUCAUAAAAAAUCAAUGAGACAAAGUAUUCGCCGUGGAUCAAUGAAGUUAAAACAAACAUAUGAACAUCUCAUGGAAAAUGGUGAUAUGGGUGGUAUGAAUCGGUUAGCCACAGCCACUAGAGCAAGGCCACAUGAUCUUGAUAUAAAACUACUGCAAGCCAAACGACAACAAGCAGAAAUGAGGAGAAACAAGCGAGAAGAAGAUUUACGAGAAAACCAUCCUCUGUUCGAUACACCACUAUUUAUAGUACCAAGAGAGUCUAAAUUUCGUAAACUUUGUCAAUUAAUUGUGUACGCCCGUUAUGAUCUAAAACUGAGAGAUCCAUUGACUGGCGAAGAACGUCAAAUUAAAUAUAAAGGCUUCCAUAAUUUUCUUGGACUUGUGACUUACUUAGACUGGUUAAUGAUAUUAGUAACAACAUUAAACUGUAUUUCAAUGAUGUUUGAAACACCAUUUUAUCAAGUUAUGGAUACACCUGCAUUACAAAUUGCUGAAUAUGUAUUUGUUUGUUUUAUGAGUAUUGAAAUAGCUUUGAAAAUACUAGCUGAUGGUGUAUUUUUUACUCCAAAAGCUUAUAUGAAAGAUGUAGCGGCUAUAUUAGAUGUAUUUGUAUAUGUGACUAGUUUAGUAUUUCUAUGUUGGAUGCCAACUAGUGUAGCAACUAACUCACCUGCUCACCUUUUAAUGAUUUGUCGUUGUGUUAGACCCUUACGUAUAUUUUCAUUAGUUCCUCACAUGAGAAAAGUGGUAGAUGAGCUAUGCCGUGGAUUUAAAGAAAUUUUAUUGGUGUCAGUUCUUUUGAUUGUUUUAAUGUUUGUAUUUGCAAGUUAUGGUGUUCAAAUAUUUGGUGGUCGUUUAGCUCGUUGUAAUGAUCCUAGUAUUAAAAAACGAGAAGAAUGUGUUGGAGUAUUUAUGCGGCAAGUCUUUGUUACUAAAAUGAAAAUUAAACCAGGGCUAAAUGAAUCUUAUCCAGCUAUACUUGUACCUAGGGUUUGGGCAAAUCCGAGACGAUUCAAUUUUGAUAACAUAGGGUAUGCUAUGUUGACAUUAUUUGAAGUUUUGUCAUUCAAAGGGUGGUUGGAUGUUCGUGAUAUACUGAUCAGCGCCUUGGGACCAGUUCACGCAAUAUAUAUUCACAUUUUUAUAUUCUUGGGAUGUAUGAUUGGACUCACUCUUUUUGUUGGUGUUGUUAUUGCAAAUUAUUCAGAAAACAAAGGAACUGCUUUAUUAACUGUAGAUCAAAGAAGAUGGUGUGAUUUGAAAAAAAGACUUAAAAUUGCUCAACCUUUACAUUUACCUCCAAGGCCAGAUCGCAGAAAAUUUAGAGCAUUUAUAUAUGAUAUAACUCAAAAAAUUCAUUUUAAAAGAUUCUUUGCUGUAAUUGUUCUUAUUAAUAGCUGUUUAUUGUGUGUUUCGUGGCGAGCUGGUGAUAAACAUACAGAAUCAUUAUCUCUAGUAAGUGCUUGUCUUACUUUGAUAUUUGUUGCUGAAGUAAUUAUGAAAAUGAUAGCAUUUACUGCUCGAGGAUAUUGGCAGUCAAGACGCAACCGUUAUGAUUUAUUAGUAACAGUUUUGGGUGUUAUCUGGACAUGUACCCAUUUUGCAUUUCGUAAUGAAUUGUCAUUUUCAUUUGGAUACAUAGUAGUUGUUUUGCGAUUCUUUACCAUUACUGGAAAACAUGCUACUCUUAAAAUGUUAAUGCUGACUGUUGGCGUGUCAGUUUGUAAGAGUUUUUUUAUAAUCUUUGGUAUGUUUCUGUUAGUAUUUUCAUAUGCUUUAGCUGGUACAAUAUUAUUUGGUACUGUAAAAUAUGGAGAAGGUAUUGGUAGGCUAGCAAAUUUUGGCACUCCAGUUACUGGAGUUGCUAUGUUAUUUCGAAUUGUUACUGGAGAAGAUUGGAAUAAAAUUAUGCACGAUUGUAUGAUAUUACCACCACAGUGUACACCUGCAGCUAAUUACUGGCAAACAGAUUGUGGAAAUUAUGCAGCUGCAUUAAUAUAUUUUUGUUCGUUUUAUGUUAUGAUAACAUACAUAGUACUUAAUCUUUUAGUUGCUAUAAUUAUGGAAAACUUUUCACUUUUCUACUCAAAUGAAGAAGAUGCUUUACUUUCAUAUGCAGAUAUAAGAAAUUUUCAACAUUCGUGGAACAUUGUUGAUGACACUCAAGCUGGUGUCAUUCAAGUGUAUAAAGUUAAAUUUUUGUUACGUCUUUUAAAAGGUAGAUUAGAGACUGAUCCACAAAAAGGUAAAAUGUUAUUAAAACAUAUGUGUUAUGAAUUAGAAAGACUUCAUAAUGGUCAAGAAGUUACCUUCCACGAUGUUUUAAAUAUGCUAUCUUACCGCACUGUUGAUAUUACAAAAGCACUUCAACUUGAAGAAUUGGUUGCCCGUCAAGAUUUUGAGGUAAAUAUUCAAGAAGAAGUUGCUAAACAGACUAUUCGUAAUUGGCUUGAAGGAUGUUUACGCAAAAUGAGAGCUGCAAAUAGGCAACAAGGGAGUCUUUUAGCUGGUUUACGUGCUACUAAUGAAAUGAUGCUUCGAGAUUUUGAGGAAAAACAAGCAGCCAAUAAAGACAAAGAAGCUGAAGACAAGGAUCAUAAAGCUGAUACAAGUCGAUCAAAAUUCAAAUCUACUUCAGGUAUGACACGUUCAGAUAGUGUAGGAAGUGGUUCUGGACGUCGGUACUUGACACCUACAUUAUCAGAUCCAUCUGAUAAAGAAAAAAAUCGUAAAGCUUCCUAUAGAAAUUUGAAGCCGUUAAACAUGUCAAAUUUAAAUGUAAAUACUUCUUCAGCACGUGAUAUAAAAGCCAAUACAUCAAAAGUAGCUUCAGCUGUGAAAGAAAUACAUGAAUGGUGGUUGGAACAAUUAGAACAUACUUCUGAUUUGUCUUCAAGUGAAGAUGAAAAUUUUUAAUAUAACUGUUAUAUAGUAUUGUUUUUAUUCUAUUUUACUUAUUGAAAAUAAAUUGUUUAGUAUUAGAUUAAGUAAUACAAGAAUUAGUUAUAUUUUCUUAUAUUUUAUAGUAAAUUUAAUUUUAAUAGAAUAUAUUGUUCAACGUGAAUGUUAGUAUAUUAUUACUAAUUUUCAUUUAUAGUGUUCAUUUUGCUGUAAUUUUAGUUGAAAAAUUAUAAAUUAUAUACAAAACCAG